AACCCCAUGAGAGAAAUGAAGAAGGGUUUUUGAGCCGUAACUGCUGACCAAUAACUGUUCUCCCCUCAAUCUUGCCAAAAACCCAACCCACUCUUUCUUCUUCACAAGGCGGCGAAAUCACUAUUUAAUAAUUCAAAAUUCCAUUUUUCUUAUCUAUGAAUUUUGUGUUUCUUCAUCCUCUUCUUUUUCCUUCUUCUCCUUUUCUUUCUGUCCAUUUUCCUCUUUGGUUAUUAUUCCGCACAAUUUAAUGUUCUCCACUACUACAGCCACCGUUGAUUCAUUCAACAGGAGAUUAGGUUCUCUUACAUUGUUUAAAAAUUACCGUUUUUCUAAACCAACUCGUUUGGGCAUUUCGUCGAACAUGUGGCGGAACGUUUCAAAACAAGCUUGUAAAGGGUUGUUUCGUUCUCGUAUUAGUCCGCCUUCUCAAAAUUUGAUUUUUACGGUUAAUACAGAUAUUUUAUGUCACCUUGGUAAGCAGAAUCGAACUGGGCAUGUUCAGAAGUCGAGGUUUCAGUUAGUGGAGAAUUUUGGUGGUUGUUGUUGUUCUAAUAAUUCUCCGUUUUUAUUUGAUGCUAAAGGUUAUUCUAGUGUUGCUGAAGCGGUUUCUUCGAGGGACGCAGAGGAAGAUGGUAAUUUUGAUGGGGGUUGUCGUGUUUCGAAGAAUUCGAGUUUUCGAUUCGAUGCUAAAGGGUAUUCUAGUGUUGCUGAGGCGGUUUCUUCGACGGAUGCAGAGGAAGAACUUGCUCCGGUUGAUAAGAUUCAAGAGUUGUUGGAUGAGAUGAAGAGAGAAGAGAUGAGAAAGGUUGCAGAAUUUAGGUUGAAAAAUAAGACCAAAGCGGAGGAAGACCCUGCAUCCGUAGAUGAAAGUCAAAAGUUGUUGGAUGAGAUGAAGAGAGAAGAGAAGAAACGGGUUGCUGAUAUUAGGUGCAAAAACAAGGCUGUUUCUUCGAAUGAUGCGGAAGAAGACCCUACAUUAGGCCAGGAAGUUCAAGAGUUGUUGGUUGGGAUGGAGAAAGAAGAGAAGCGACAAAUUGCUGAAUGUAAGUUGAAAAAUGGGGUGAAUUUGAGGAAUGGUAUGGCAGAGGGGAAAUACAAGGAGUUGAGGAAAAGACAGGUGAAGACUGAGACUGAAGUUUGGGAAGAAGCUGCAAAGGAGUAUAAGGAGCUUUUGAUGGAUAUGUGUGAACAAAAGUUGGCACCUAAUUUGCCUUACAUGAAAUCAUUGUUUCUUGGUUGGUUUGAGCCUCUAAAGGAUGCAAUUGAGAAGGAGCAGGAGGUGUACAGGACAGGGAAUAAGAGGACGGUUUAUGCGCCUUACUUUGUUCAGUUGCCGUCUGAGAAGAUGGCUGUCAUAACUAUGCAUAAGAUGAUGGGGUUGUUGAUGACGGGAACUGAGAAAGGCUCUGCCGGCUCUUGUAGGGUUGUGCAGAGCGUAUGCAGCAUAGGUGAUGCUAUUGAGCAAGAGGUUAGAAUACACAAGUUUCUGGAAAAACGUAAUAAGAAAAAGCGGGGUAAAGGCAAGAAAAAUCAAACAGUUGAGUCCACUGCAGACAUCAAUGAAGAGGAAAAACUGCGGAAAAAAGUCAUUGACUUGAUGAAAAAGCAAAAGCUUGCUGCAGUGAGAGGAAUAGUGAAGGGCCAUGAUGAUACAAAACCAUGGGGAUCUGUUAUGAAGACAAAGGUAGGAAGCCGUUUGGUUGAACUUUUGGUGCAAACAGCGUACAUACAACCACCAUCAGAUGAGUCACAGGAUGGUGUACCUGAUAUCCGUCCUGCAUUUGUGCAUUCAUUUAGGACAGUGACGCACGAUGCAAAGAAAACAGGGAAAAAAUAUGGUGUUAUUGAGUGCGACCCUCUAAUUCUUAAAGGGCUUGAACGAACUGCAAAAAAUAUGGUCAUUCCUUAUAUGCCUAUGUUGGUUCCACCAACCAACUGGACAGGUUAUGACAAAGGUGGGUACUUGUUCUUACCCUCCUAUGUCAUGCGUACUCAUGGAGUCAAGCAACAACGCGAGGCUGUCAAGAACGUCCCUAGGAAGCAACUAGAGCCUGUAUAUGAGGCUCUGGAUACUCUUGGGCAUACAAAAUGGAGGAUAAAUAAAGAGGUACUCAGUGUUGUGGACAGGAUAUGGGCUACUGGAGGCACACUUGCUGGUUUGGUUAGCCGCUUUGAUGCUGAUUUACCCAAGGAACCGGUUACUGAUGAUGAAGUAGAGAAAACUAAAUGGAAAUGGAAGCUCAAAUCUGCGAAGAAAGAGAACCGGGAGAGAUAUUCGCAACGUUGUGACAUCGAACUCAAACUUGCUGUAGCCCGAAAAAUGAAGGACGAAGAGUCUUUUUACUACCCACACAACCUUGAUUUUCGGGGGCGCGCAUAUCCCAUGCACCCACAUUUAAAUCACCUUGGUUCAGAUGUAUGCCGAGGGAUAUUGGAGUUUGCAGAUGGACGCCCUCUUGGAAAGUCUGGUCUGUACUGGCUGAAAAUACACCUCGCAAAUCUAUAUGCUGGCGGUGUUGACAAACUAUCCAGUGAAGGUCGCAUAGCAUUCGUUGAAAAUCAUCUUGAUGACAUAUUUGAUUCUGCUGAAAAACCUAUGGAAGGAAGACAGUGGUGGUUGAAUGCAGAAGAUCCAUUCCAGUGCUUGGCUGCAUGCAUAACUCUAACUGAAGCUUUAAGAAGUUCUGCACCAGAAGAGUUUAUGUCACAUAUUCCAGUACACCAGGAUGGCUCUUGCAAUGGAUUGCAACAUUAUGCUGCUUUAGGAAGAGACAAGCUAGGGGCUGCUGCUGUCAAUCUAGUUGCAGGAGAGAAGCCAGCCGAUGUUUACUCGGGAAUAGCGGCUAGGGUAUUUGAGAUCAUGCGAAGGGAUGCUCAGAAAGAUCCCACAGUUUUUUCUGAUGCUCGUCAUGCAAGGGCUUUGGUUAAUCAGGUGGAUAGAAAAUUGGUUAAGCAGACAGUGAUGACAUCAGUGUAUGGUGUCACUUAUAUUGGAGCACGGGAACAGAUAAAGAGGAGGUUGAAAGAAAGAAACACUAUUUUAGAUGAUUCAGAGCUUUUUGGUGCUUCUUGUUAUGCUGCAAAGGUAACCUUAACUGCCUUAGAGGAGAUGUUUCAAGGCGCACGAAGUAUCAUGAACUGGCUUGGGGACUGUGCAAAAGUAAUUGCAUCUGAAAACCAGCCAGUGCGUUGGACCACUCCUCUUGGACUUCCUGUGGUGCAACCUUACCGUAAACUAGGAAGGCAUAUUGUCAAAACUUCACUUCAGAUGUUAACAUUGCAACGAGAAACAGACAAGGUCAUGGUCAAGCGGCAGAGAACCGCAUUUCCACCAAAUUUUGUUCACUCGCUUGAUGGUUCUCAUAUGAUGAUGACUGCAGUUGCCUGCAAAAAUGCAGGCUUGAGUUUUGCAGGGGUUCAUGAUUCAUAUUGGACGCAUGCAUGUGAUGUUGAUAAUAUGAACAAAAUACUGAGAGAAAAGUUUGUUGAACUCUAUGAGACCCCAAUUCUGGAAAACUUACUGGAGAGCUUUCAAGAGUCUUUCCCAUCUUUACAAUUUCCACCCUUACCUGAACGUGGAGACUUUGACUUGAGGGAAGUUUUAGAGUCGCCAUAUUUUUUCAACUGAUUCUAAUCUAGUCCCUUCUCUAAAGCUUGGAUUGGAUUCAGUCUUUUAGCCCUUACUACUGACAAUAGCUAUCUGUGUGAGCUCGACGAGGACGAAAUAUCUUCUGAAAGUACUCAUUGUAGAGGCUGCUAUAGUUCUAUUUCAGUGGCUGUAUAUAAUCUUCAAGGGCAAUGUAGGGUUUUGCGGAGGACCCUUGUUGAAUCAAUGACAAUAUCUUCACCCUACUUUUUGUAGUGUAGAUGAUUAUUUGGGGGUAUACACUUAUGGAAGCUGGUGCAAGUGUUCAACAAUCAGGAUUGAGGAAGCAUCUAAGGGAAAAGCCAAGGAGUUAAAGUAUGCAUUUUAAGUCACUGCAGCACGAAUAAUAGAUUUCAUUUAUUUAGUUUUUGAAGAAUAUGGGGAACUUUUCACAGUUCGAGUAUCAAAUCUGUACUAAAUUCAACUUCUGAGUGAGCAUGCAAAUCAUGUCAUGGAUAGCUGCAGAGAAGUCUACACUAUAGUUUUUCUCUUGUAAAUAUACAGUUGUUUAAAUUAGUGUACCCACAUGAUUUAUUUAUGAUUUAUUUAGUAUAUGAUUAUUAUCUAUAACAAGGGGGAUAUGAUUGUUCGGA